CUUCUCCAUCAAUGAUCAGCUGGAUCAGCGCAUAAAAAGUUAAAAAACGCAUUAAUUAUUACAGUUGCGCUCAGUUGCGUUAUCUUUCUUUGGAGUUGGUGUAUUGAGCAGAAACAUUGUUUCUUGGUGGAUUUUCGGAGUCCGCGAACUUAAACACGCAAUCAAAGAGUCAAGUUUAUUCGUUGUUUCUGAAAAGGAGAAGAAUAUUAAAUAUAUUCUUAUUCAAAUCUGUGAAGCAGUUUGCUAAAAACUAAACAUUUGUCAUUUUUUAUUCCGAAGAAACAAUUAUAUUCAAUUUUGAAAAAUGGUUGUAAGACAAUAUCAAGAAGAGCUCAAAUAUUUGGAAAAAAUAACAGAAUAUUGUUGGAAAAUAAAAAAAGGCUUUCAACCUAAUAUGAAGGUUGAAGGCGUGUUCUAUGUAAACAAUUCACUGGAACGUUUGAUGUUUGAGGAAUUGCGCAAUGCAUGUCGACCAGGUGCAGUUGGAGGUUUUCUUCCAGGAAUGAAACAGAUUGCUAAUGUUGCGGCUCUGCCCGGUAUUGUGUAUAGAUCCAUUGGAUUACCAGAUGUACAUUCUGGAUAUGGCUUUGCUAUUGGUAAUAUGGCAGCAUUUGAUAUGGAUGAUCCCAAAUCAAUUGUAUCACCUGGUGGCGUAGGCUUUGAUAUAAAUUGUGGUGUUCGUUUGUUACGAACAAACUUAUUUGAGAAUGAUGUCUUACCAAUAAAGGAACAACUUGCGCAAAGUAUGUUUGACCAUAUUCCAGUAGGUGUUGGAUCGAAAGGAAUUAUCCCAAUGAAUGCGCGGGAUUUGGAAGAAGCAUUAGAAAUGGGAAUGGACUGGUCUUUGAGAGAAGGUUACAUUUGGGCAGAGGAUAANGAACAUUGCGAGGAAUAUGGAAGAAUGCUGAAUGCCGAUCCAUCAAAAGUAUCAAUGAGAGCUAAGAAACGCGGACUCCCUCAAUUAGGUACAUUAGGAGCUGGAAAUCAUUACGCAGAAAUUCAAGUGGUAGACGAAAUAUACGAUAAAUGGGCAGCGUGUAAAAUGGGUAUUGAAGAAAAGGGACAAAUUUGUGUUAUGAUCCAUUCAGGAAGCAGAGGAUUUGGACAUCAGGUCGCUACAGAUGCACUUGUACAAAUGGAAAAGGCUAUGAAACGUGAUAAUAUAGAAACUAACGAUAGGCAGCUCGCAUGCGCUCACAUUAAAUCACCAGAAGGACAGGAUUAUUUAAAAUCGAUGGCAGCUGCUGCAAACUUUGCAUGGGUUAAUAGAAGUUCUAUGACAUUUCUUACUCGACAGGCAUUUGCGAAACAAUUUCAUUCAUCUCCUGAUGACUUGGAUAUGCAUGUUAUUUAUGAUGUUUCCCAUAAUAUUGCGAAAAUAGAAGAGCACAUUGUUGAAGGAAAGCAGAAGACCCUUUUAGUUCAUAGAAAGGGAUCAACAAGAGCUUUUCCACCACAUCAUCCUUUGAUUCCUGUAGACUAUCAGUUAACAGGACAGCCAGUUUUAAUCGGUGGUACAAUGGGAACUUGCAGUUACGUUUUGACUGGUACAGAACAGGGUAUGAAAGAAACAUUUGGAUCAACAUGUCAUGGCGCUGGUCGUGCUCUCUCAUUUGUUUUAUGAAAGAAGCUCCGGAAU